AUGAAAAGUAUUACUGCUUGUGCUACCAUUUCAAAACUACGACAUGUGUCCAGCCAAUUUGGAGUUCCAAAUGUCAUUGUUUCUGACAACGGUAGUGCAUUCACCUCUUCCAAACUUUACGAUUUAUGUCGAGAAAAUAGCAUACAACACGUGCGAUCACCACCGUUCCAUUCACAAUCGAAUGGCCAGGUGGAAAGAUUUCUGGAAACUUUCAAACGCGCACUACUAAAACUCAAAGGUGAGAGGACCACACGGGAAAUCAUCGAGACAUUUCUGCUGAGUUACAGGGCGACACCAAAUGUUAACGUUCCACAUAGUUCCAGCUACACAUCUCCGGUGAUGAGGGCUGUAGCUGGAUAUGCUGGGGUGGGUAAUGUAUUGAGCGACCGGGCGGAAGCGUCUCUACUUGAUCGGAUACCCGUUGAUAGUCGCUUCUGUGUGGUUCGUUUGGCAAAAUCUGUGAGAAUUUAG